AUGGCCGCGCUCUAUGAGGGAUACACGUUGUGUGGACUUUUACAAGUCCAGACUCUUUCCGACUGUGGGAUUCAAGGCGUAGAAGUGGGGGCAGACAGCGACCACGUCAUCGUCACCGACUGCACCAGAUCGGUCACCCUGUACAAGGUUUCUGACCAGAAGCCGCUCAGCAGCUGGACGGUGAAGCAAGGGCAAACUCUAACAUGCCCAGCAGUGUAUGACUCGGAGUCCAAGGAGUACGUGGCAGUCUCAGACAACAGGGUGAUCAGAGUGUGGAAGGAAGAGCAUGUCCUCAUCGACAAGGCCUUCAAAGCAACCGUGUCAGCAGAUGUGUGGAGGAUUCACUCUGCCGCCGGAGGGGAGCUGGUGGUCUUGUUCCAGAGAGGAGCAGUCAAGACCCUGGAGUCCCUCCUCUCAGCUCCCCAACAGCCCAUCGAGGAGGUCCUGGUGCAGGAUGAGGAUAUUAGGUGGAGCACUACCAUUGUGGCAAUGACACAGCUCUUUGUCAUUUUCACAACAGAACAGAAGGGGGACCACUUUCUGUACCUGCAUAAACCGAACCCCGACUCUCUGCAGAGGUACCGGCUGGAGAGAGAAGAGCCCGGCCUCUCUCCGCUGAGCUUCUGCGCUACCUACAGGGAUCAACACAUACAUCUGCUUUAUCUGUAUCCCAACGGUCACAUAUACCAGAGUGUGGUGCCUGUCCGAGGUCAGGCGGCCGGAGACGGGGAACAGGCCCUUCCGCUGCCCCGUAGCCUGCUGCUGAAGCUGCCUGUUGGGGACGGCCUGCUAGCAGCUGCCUCAGCCCUGGCCCUGGAUGAGGCCCAUGUGGCCGUGGUGGGGGUUCCACAUCCCUCCGCUGGGGCUGGCAAAGACUUCCUUUGCAUCUGGAACACCAAUUUCCAAACCCUUCAGGCCGGAAAAGAGAUGACAGGCAAAAUCUAUGGACGGAUGUGGAAUUAUUCUGGCAAAUUGUUCAUUCCACACGGGAAGGCCCUGUCUGUCAUCCCAUAUGACUGCCCCAAGUCAUCACUGGCCUCCGCCCUGGGCAAACUACAGCAGGCUGGGACCGAGGAGUCCAAAGCUGCAGCAUCUGUUCCUUCUUGGAACAGCAUUCUUCACGGAGAGACCGCCCAGCCGUCCAAGACAAUGGAGACUAGAAGAGCUAAAACAAGACGCAAGACCCAACCAGCGACUGGUUCGACAGCUGAUCAGGUUCUGGAGCUCAUCAAGACUGCACCAGUGGAAGAGGUCCAGAGGGAGGUGGAGGGACUCCUCUCCAGGGCCAACAGCCAGGAGCUGCAGCCCUCAGUGGGGCAGUUGGCCUCUAGCCUCGUGUCCCGCAGCCUGGCUGAUCCGACCUUCUACACCUCAGGCACCUUGGCACAGCUGGUACAUACACAGUGCCUCUGCCACAGUCUGUGUCCCGACCUCCUGCUGCUAGCUUUGGAAAAGAAAGAUUACCUCCUGUGUCAGCUCUGCCUGCAGCUCUUCCCAGACAUACCUGAAGCCAUCACAUGCGCCUGCCUCAGGAUCUUUGUCAGCAUCCCAGAUGGUGACGCGGAGACGGUGAGCCUGGAGCCUGACAGCGUGUCCUUCAUGAGAACACUGCUCGCUGUUGGUGGGGACGUCGGUGACCUGCAGAAUGGCUUCAGCCCUGUUCCCACCCGGAAGGACCAACCCGACGAGCCGAGCAGAGGUGGAUCCCCCGUGAACGCUGGGACGGAGGACAGUGAGAGGACGAUGGACCGAGCAGAACAGACGUGCCCGGUGGGGCUGCAUAAAGCUGUGCUGCUCAACGAGGUCCUGCAGACGGCGUACAGCGACACUUUGCUCCUUCCACAUCUAAAAGACCUCACCACUCAGCAAGUUACUCUUUUUCUUCAGUACCUGCAGUUCCUCUAUAUGAAAUGCUCCCAGGAGUCCUUCACAAAGACGCCUAGAUUGAGAUCGCCCACUCUGGCGCAGAUCCUGGACUGGGUGUGCUUGUUGUUGGAUGCUCAUUUCACAGUUCUGGUAAUAACUACAGAAGCCAAAGACCUCCUGCUGAACCUCCACAAAUUUGUGAAGUCCCAGGUGAGACUCUUCUCAGAGCUGGGGAAGAUUGAGGGCAGCCUUCUGGAUCUCCAUAAGAUGAAGGUGAAGAAGGACAUUGGCCAAUACUCCAUUGAAGUCAUCGAGCUCUUGUAGAAUACAAAAACAAAAAAAAUGCAUGAAGCACAACAUCAGGCAUCUUUACUGCUUUCCCAGAUUCACCUGCAGUAGUUCUCAUGUUGUGUGUGCCAUUUUGUGUAAUGUAUUUUUGUGGCAUGGACAGUAGUGAUUUGCCCAGAACUUGUAUGCAUAAAGAAGUUUAUAUAUAAGUGUGGUUUUUGGCAUUGAGUUUAAAUGGAUAAAAUUAUGAUUUUUUUUAAACUUUUUUUCCCCCCAAUUGUAUCUGGCCAAUUACCCCACUCUUCCGAGCUGUCCCGGUCUCUGCUCCACCCCCUCUGCUGAUCCGGGGAGGGCUGCAGACUACCACAUGCCUCCUCCCAUGCAUGUGGAAUCACCAGCCGCUUCUUUUCACCUGACAGUGAGUUUUGCCAGGGGGACGUAGCGUGUGGGAGGAUCGUGCUAAUCCCCCCCCCCCCCCCCAACAGGCACCCCGACCGACCAGAAAGGGCGCUAGUGCAGCAACCAGAACACAUAGCCACAUCUGGCUUCCCACCUGCAGACAUGGCCAAUUGUGUCUGUAGGGAUGCCCAACCAAGCCCGAGGUAACACGGGGAUUCGAACCGGCGAUCCCCGUGUUGGUAGGCAACGGAAUAGACCGCCACGCCACCCGGAUGCCCUAAAAUUUCGAUUUUUGCCCAUCUGUAUACGCUCAAUAAACCAUAAGGACAAAAUGAAAAUAUGUUUAAAAAUUUCCGCAAAGUUGUUAAAUAAAACACUGAAAUCUCAUUUACAUAAGAAUUCAGACUUCUCUCUGUGGAACUCCAAAUUGUGGUCAUGUGCAUCCUGUUUGCUUUAAUUAAUUUGAUUAUUAUUAA